GGCUAGCUCUCAUGGCAGAUGGCAGAUAUAAAGAUGUGAUGGUCCUAUUGUUUUGGCAUCCUGUCUCAGCACCAGAAUCAUCAUCACCACCAAUACACACUCUCCAGCUCCAACUUCGCACCACAGCAGCAAACCACACUCGCUUUCUUCCCACAAAAACAAAACAACUCCAACCACCGCCACCAUGUUCGCCAAGGUCUUCACCGCUGCGACCCUCCUCACUGCCGCCUCGGCCGGCUGCGUCCGCCCUUCGUCCACCAGCUCUGCUGCCCCUUCGGGCCCUACCGGCAUCCCUGCCAAUGGCAAGUUCGGCAUCAUGGCCCUGAGGUCGGCCAGCCCCAUCCACUUCGCCUCCACGAGCGCCGAGGGCAGCCACCUCUACCUCAACGCGCCCGAGACCGGCGCCGUCUGCACCGGCGACAACGGCGGCUCUGCCGUCUUCUACCUCAAGGAUGGCGGUCUCUACCUGUACACGACCGACGGCGCGCCGGCGCAGCAGAUGUGGGUCGACCGCUCCGGCAUGGGCCAGGGCAUCACCGGCUACUCGACCGGCGGCCAGGGCGUGCCCCGCAACGGCGAGACCACCGGCUUCGCCAUCGACUCCAACAACAGCCUGAGCUUCAACGGCGUCGGCUUCCUCGCCUGCCCCGGCGCCCCCAACGGCGGCUGGAGCAUCUGGGUUGACGCCGGCAUCAGCCAGCCCGGCGGCCACGAGGGCUGCCUCGGCUUCUCGGCCCGCGCCGUCGAGGAGUCCAGCCCUUUCCCCUGCGAGUACUCCCAGCAGUAGUUGACUGGCGAGAGGAGCUUGAGGAAAUUCAUGAUUGAUUGAAACAUUGCAUCGGCGUUGGCAUGGAAAUGGUUUUGAUCGGUUUACAGAGUAGCAUACGGCAUAAUAUUGCAUAAAUAAUUAAUAUCAUAAAGCGUCAGACAAAAA